AUGGCGACCACGAGCACAGUCCAUUUUCCGCCAUUGACCGAACAUGGUCCUAAGAGGCGGAAUAUGUUUCCGGUGAAGCUUUCCUUCGCCGUCGUCGUGAUCCUCGUCGAAAGAGGCUCGGUUAGUAACUAUGACGUCUUUCUAACGAGAGAUUGCUUGGCAUACUCCAAGAUAAAGCCUGCAGUGAAUCAGAUUGAGACACAUCCUUACUUCCAACGCGAUUCUCUUGUCAAGUUCUGCCAGAAGCAUGGCAUUUGUGUCACCGCUCAUCCGCCUCUCGGAUGUGCCACGGCCAACGCAGAGUUGUUUGGUACCAUCUCAUGUCUGGAUGACCCAGCUCUCAAAGUAUAG